AUCUAUCAGAGACAACACAGAAUUGGAAGAUGAAGAGGGUGUUGAAGAAACUGAUGCCGCUCAAUCUGGAAAACUGUUUCUUAUUCCAAGUGAUCACAGUUUGAUCAAGUGUGCCUGCUGCAAGAUGGCCAUUGAUGAACCAUACAGAGAGAAAAAUCCCAAAUACCUACAGAUUGAAUUGCGACUCGUGACUUUUGAAAAGUUAAAGCAUCACCCAGGCCAUGUGAAUGUUCUUGUCCACUCCCACUUGCCAGUGUUUGGUCUGGUACAGCUUUUGGUGCAUCUCACAAGUGUCCAGUCUACAAAAGUAUCUGUCUUCCGGGACAAAACUCGUACAAAGGAUGUACGACUGCCACCCAAUUUUAGACUGGAGGACUGUGGCUAUGUAGGAAACAGCAAGGACAACCCUCAAGAGAUAGUGCUGUAUUAUGACUACACUGUUGAAUUCACAGACUGUCCAAUACUUGUCUGUGAUCACUACUUUUGACACAUAAGACCUCCACUGAAAUAUGAAAAAGGCUGAAUUU